CUGAGUCUAUGGGAUCACUGUGCUCGACACUGCUGUCAUGUAUCCACUCUGCCUUCCCUUGGAUGUAUACCGUGGCAUGCAACAAACGCGUGCGGCAGGUGUUCAGUCAAAGACUCGGUUGUGCCUGCCGGGAUAAGCAAACCCAACUCACUGAAACCUUCCCUUCGUCCGCCACCUGCAACCCAUCAUAAGCUGUUCCAAGCUGUCCGCCCUUUUUUUUUCUGCCCUUCUUUUUGGGGGCUUUGAGUGCGGAUUACACCGAAUGAACGGUGAGGACUGGUGAGCCGUCGACUCGCCCGUCCGUUGCACACCAAUCGUCCUGCCAUUCUAACCUACCUACUGCACCGGUGGAGGAGGAGGAGACCCGCCAUGCAGGGGCCAUGUCAGCCACCGAUAACAUGGCGGGUUCGUCGGUGGGUGAGUACGUAAAGAAUUGAUUCCUUUUAUACCCCUAUCUGUCCGUACGAAUGAAGGCGACAACCUACCCGAGAACUCGGACAUGGGAAGCCUUACUUGCACUUCUGCCGUUGGUAGAUCUACCUCCGUUAUGUGUGCCAGAAUAUGCAACACUGGCGCCGGCGGUGGGUCUCCGUGUGAUGUUACCGGCUACUUCAGGUUAACGGCGCAAGCUUGUGAUCCCGUUGUCGGCCCUUAAAUAUCAGCCCUUCGCAAAUCGCUCGCUUUUUCCCCUCUUCUUUCCCCCUCAAGCCCUGUGGCCGCCUCUGAUCUCCAUCUCUUCCGACCGAUCUGUCGAGAGAGACAGAGAGUCGCCUCUUCCUCCUUUCGAGGAAGGACUGGAUCUUGUACUAGGAACGACUGGUUCUUGUUCUUUGGAUAGUGGGCUGGGUUAGAUUCGUGAAAGUUGUAUGUUUUUUGGGAACUGAUGCAGAUCGGUCUUGAGUAUGGACGGGCCCAGGGAGGCAAGCUCUUCGGUGGAGGUCGACGACCUUAGCCUAUCACGGCUCCUCAACAAGCCGAAGCUCAACAUUGAGCGGCAGAGAUCGUUCGAUGAGAGGUCCUUGAGCGAGCUCUCGAUCAAUGUCAGAGCCCUCGAGGGCUAUGACAGUAUAUAUUCGCCUGCAGGGUAUAGGUCUGGAUUUGACACGCCUUCGACCGCUCGGAACUCCUUCGAGCCGCAUCCGAUGGUUGCCGAGGCAUGGGAUUCGCUCCGGAGAUCGUUGGUGUACUUCAGAGGGCAGCCGGUGGGGACGAUCGCUGCCAAUGAUCACGGGUCGGAGGAGAUCCUCAACUAUGAUCAGGUGUUUGUUCGUGAUUUUGUACCGAGUGCACUCGCUUUUUUAAUGAAUGGGGAACCGGAGAUAGUUAAAAACUUUCUCCUGAAAACCCUCCAUCUUCAAGGGUGGGAAAAGAAGAUAGACCGUUUCACGCUUGGUGAAGGUGUCAUGCCAGCGAGCUUCAAAGUGCUCCAUGAUGCUGGUCGAAAAACAGAUACACUGAUUGCAGAUUUUGGUGAAAGCGCAAUUGGAAGAGUUGCACCUGUUGACUCUGGGUUCUGGUGGAUUAUACUUCUCCGUGCCUAUACAAAGUCAACUGGAGACUUAUCUCUUGCAGAAACACAUGAAUGCCAAAAGGGAAUGCGGCUUAUAUUAGCUUUAUGUCUAUCAGAAGGUUUUGACACAUUUCCGACGCUCCUAUGUGCUGAUGGUUGUUCAAUGAUUGAUCGACGAAUGGGUAUAUAUGGUUAUCCUAUCGAAAUUCAGGCACUUUUCUUUAUGGCUUUGAGGUGUGCUCUGCCAAUGCUUAAACAUGAUGCGGAAGGGAAGGAAUUUGUAGAAAGAAUCGUGAAACGUUUGCAUGCACUAAGUUACCACAUGAGAAGUUACUUUUGGCUUGAUUUUCAGCAAUUAAAUGACAUAUAUCGCUAUAAAACAGAGGAGUAUUCUCACACAGCAGUCAACAAGUUCAAUGUGAUCCCAGACUCAAUUCCAGAUUGGGUGUUUGAUUUCAUGCCUACGCGAGGAGGUUAUUUUAUUGGGAAUGUCAGUCCAGCAAGAAUGGACUUCCGCUGGUUCGCAUUGGGAAACCUUGUCGCCAUUUUAUCAUCUCUUGCUACCCCGGAGCAGUCUAUGGCUAUUAUGGAUCUCAUCGAAGAGCGUUGGGAGGAACUGGUUGGAGAAAUGCCUUUAAAAAUAACAUAUCCUGCCAUUGAGAACCAUGAGUGGCGAAUCGUCACCGGUUGUGAUCCUAAGAAUACAAGAUGGAGCUACCACAAUGGAGGAUCUUGGCCAGUGCUUCUUUGGCUGCUCACUGCAGCCUGUAUCAAGACUGGUCGACCGCAGAUUGCCCGACGAGCGAUCGAGCUUGCGGAGAACCGGCUCUUGAAAGACGGCUGGCCGGAAUACUACGAUGGCAAGCUGGGGAGGUACAUAGGAAAACAGGCAAGGAAGUUCCAGACAUGGUCGAUUGCAGGUUAUUUGGUGGCUAAGAUGAUGCUGGAAGAUCCAUCACAUCUGGGGAUGGUCUCUCUUGAAGAGGACAAGGCGAUGAAGCCUCUAAUCAAGAGAUCAAACUCAUGGACUUGUUAAGAAUCUUUACAGAGAAGAAUCAUGUUGUAAGAACAUUUCUCAUUCUUUUCUGCAGCAUUCGGUUAUCACCUGCUCGGUUCAUAUCAGCUCAUAUGUUGUCUUGAAAAUACUAUCAUAAAGAGCUCGACUUCCCCAAGAAA